AAUUAAAUGUCAUCUCCUAAUUUCCAUACAAACUCUUAUAUUUCAACCAUUGUUCUCCAUACAAACUCAAGGUACAAACUCUUAUAUUACGCUUGGGUGACCUGUACUGUAGGUAUAUAUUUACAGUUGGAUUCCAGUAUAAUUUUCGACAGAUAACAGCUAGUUUUUCAGCUGGAAGCCGUUAACAGUGAGUGGUUAGGGAUAUAUGUUGCUAUUCUGGUGUGCCUAAGUUUAGUGCAGGUUCAUCAAACUUGGUUUGGUCACAGAAGGAAAACUUUGCUCUCAUUUCAGUCGUGACCUUGGUAGGGUAGUUGAUUACGUCAAUGCCAACCCUAGCGCGUGCGUGGCAGUUAAACCAUGUCUUGCGUGAUGCGCAGAACGUGUGCGCACUAACAAAAGUAGGUACCGGUCUUAAGGUAACCGUUUUAGGAAAGCUGAAAUUGGCAUUUUGUGAGCUAACCAUCAGUAAUAACCUACAGGUCUAUAACGUGUGAAAACCUUCGCCAAUUUCCUCGAGGGAGAUACGCUGCAGCUAUUAAGUGCGCCCCGUCAGCAUCGUUCCAUAUCUUUUUGCUCCAAGACGUGGAUUACAAAAUCGGUUUGACAGGCUCGGGCUUUGUGUGUCAUAAUUGUCACACUGGAUACGUUAAUGACUCCAGAUGUUUAAAUUGCAGUCUUUGUGUACCUGGUACCUACAGAGGCAAGCAUGACUCCUGUGAAAUGUGUCCGGCAGGAGGUUUUUACCAGGAUCAAAUGGGGCAAAUUGAUUGUAAAACAUGCAGUAAUGGUACUUUUGUCUCCGAGAAAGAUCGUCCUGGUACAAGUGCCGUUAGCUGCCGGGCAUGCCCAUAUGGAACUCAAUCGAAUGUGACCGCUGGUUAUCGUGCAUGCAGAUGCCUGCGCAAUUUAUAUCGCUUGGAUCGUUUUGGAGCCUGUUCAGCCUGUCCCGCCUAUGGUUUUGUCUGUGAGAACGAUACAGCGAUACUUGCGCCGAAUUACUUCUGGAAAUGGUCUGACCAAACUCUGAAGGAGCGUUAUGGGAGCUUUGUUAACAACAUCCACACUUUUGGACCUGAAUACAACAACACCUUUUCCACGUUUACGGCUUCACUACCAAAACCAAUAAAAUGUCCUCAUGCCAAUUCCUGCAAGGGAGGGAUUAACUCAGAAUGCCAAAAAGGAUAUAAAGGGAUCUUGUGUGCUUCUUGUACAAACGGCUUUUACUUCCGAUUUAACAACUGUCUGAAAUGUCCACGGUUAACUGUCACAAUAAUUUCAUCCAUUUUGUUGGUUGUACUCUUUGUUGCUGUGUUUCUGAUGGUUCUUUGGGGAGACUCGAAGCAGACUGAGAAUGAUCGAACCAUUGCAGAUAUCAUCAUGUCCUGCUUUAAAAUAGUGAUUGGAUUUUACCAAGUUAUUGCCGGUAUCUUCUCGGCGUUGACGAGAGUUCGAUGGCCGGUAGCUUUGAUCUCUAUGGAAAAAUAUCUCAACUUGUUCGAAGGAAAUAUUUUGCAGUUUGCCCCAUUAAGCUGCAUUCAUUCUCAAUUGCGGAUGGAUCAGUUUGCCAAAUUCCUAGGGAUCAUUUCUCUGAAUGUUGUUGUUGUUUUCAUAAUUCUUCUUUAUCUUUUCCUCAAAAAGAGAUACGUCAAAACGAAGGUGGAUAUUCCUGAUAGCGAGAAACUACGUGCAGUUUCAAGUUUGAAGAAAUCCUGCUAUCGGAACAUUUUUCUGUUUCUACUGACUUCUUACUCGACAACAAGUAAAACAAUUAUUCAAACUCUGCCUCUUCCUGGCGCAUGUGUAGAGACGUGUUUCACAGAUGAAAAGGGUCAAUGUAAUUUCUUCCUGAGAGCGGACUACUCCAUACAAUGUUUUACUCCUCGUCACAACUUUUUCUGGCCCAUUGCUGCUGUGUUUGCAUUUUAUCCUUUGGGAUUUCCUCUUCUGGUGUUGUCUCUCAUGUACAAAUACCGUGAGUCACAGGAAGAAGAAGAAAUUUCUUUUGGCUUGAAAGUUUUCUUUGAAAACUAUAAGAAGAAAUUUUGGUUCUGGGAGAUAACAGAGAUGUAUCGUAAGCUAAUUCUUAUUUCACUGGUGUUUCUUUUCGGAUCUGAAAGUCCCUCUCAAAUUAGCUUCACUAUGUUAACAGUGAGCGCAUUUGGAGUAGCGUACACCUUCUUUCGACCAAUAAAAGGAAAGUUUGAAGAUCGACUGCAAACGUUUGUGCUGUGGGUCAUUUUCUUUGAUGUUUGCCUUGGUGUAGUAUAUACAAACUGGAGACCAGACCACCAGGACCAGAUGCAGAACGACUCCGUCGUUUUGAAUGUCAUUUUUGUGCUCCUUAACGCCUCUGUGUUGUUAUUUGCCAUUGUUAAGGGAUUCCUUUAUGUGCGAUUCUUCUGGAGGGCAGUUCUUCUGUGCCCGUUGCGAUGGUGGAGUUUCUUUCGCCGAGGAAUCGUUUUUCUCAAAAGCAAAGUGGUGGCAAUGUUCAAGAGAUUUUCCUUUUCUUCCCCAAGUGCAGAACCUUCCGACGCACAGGCUUACUUGAUCUAAGAGUAUACGUAAUGGACAGAACAGACAUCACCAAAUUAGACAGUGCUACUUUGACAUUGAUAUCGAUAUGGUUGGUUAUAAGAUAGUGAAUAGUUCAAACAAACCCACGUGUAUCAGAAGGUCUUAUAGUGGGAUCGUGUGGGAGAAGGUACUUUUAAAAAGAACUGUUGUUGGUGACUGACGUUUCCACAAAAUGAACAGAAGUCAUGUGCAGAGUCAAGUGGAUAGUGUUAGUCAUUGGAUGAUGUUAUAAGCCGAGCCGUUAAUUUUGAAACUCAUUGGUCAGUUUAGCCGUGACUGUAUGACUGUAACACUUGUGUGAAGUUUGUCAACAUUCAUUGAUCGGUUCUAGCUGCAAUUUUCUAUUCAUCUACUUUUAGGCCAAUUAAGUCGUUCUGUUUCAGGGCUGUCCGUACGCGUCGGUUUUGUUUAUGUAGUGAAGAAGUCUUUUGUAUGGUGCCGGUAGUUGUUGACGUCUGUUAAGAAGCGCUUUACUCUAAGUUGGUUUACCAACUUUCCAGACUCAGUCUUUGAAAAUAGUUUGUACUUUUAGCGAAGCAUUGAACAGAAUCCCAGACAGUUUCUGACGUUUCUCAGUUGAUAACGUCCGGUUAUGAUUGUUCUCAUAACCACUUUUCGUCACUUGAUUGUGUUCAGUCAGUCCCGUGUUAGGUUUUCUGCCACUCUCAUCGAAAGCAGCAGCCUGCAUCGUAGUCGGAGCAUUUGAUUUUGUAAACCGUUCCCUAUCUGUCUACACUUUUUACUAGACUGUGAAGAUGAAUUCAAGGGAAGCUCGCUGUAUACCUACAAGCUGGUGCAAGCAGCUCUUCUCAUUGUGAAAGCAAUGCGCUAUGUGAGCUACUUUCUCGUGUAGGCUGGUUGAAUCAACCCUUCUCGUUAAAGGGAAUCUUGGCUAAAACACAAUUUGUCCCAAAUCACAUGUUGAGGUUCUUGUUGGAUUGUUUUAAGAAUUUUCAGUCAAGAACUCUUUGCCGGUCUUUGAAUGCUGGGCGUUUUGCUUCUGCUAUUUAUAUUUUUGGAAAGUUUGAUGGGAAAUUAUGACGUCAUUGCGCAAUUGGCGUUUUUAAAACGCAGCAUUACUUGAACCUAGAUAUAUAUAAGAAAAAGCUUCUAAUCGUUUAUAAUUCAUGAUGAAUAUGUAUAGUUCCGGAUAAAUAUGUCCAUUUCCAACACGAUAUCGUCUUCUGUAGGCUCCAUAUUGGGAACUCUGACCGCAUAAUGACGUCAUAAAUUAACAUGAAGUAAACAUGGGGACGCCCAGGUGUUUAAACUGAAAACCAAACUCUUCGUUUCCGAAACUCUUGAAAACCCAGGAUCAGUUCACAAGAACCAUUUUUGUAUACUUUAGAACUUAAGCUGCUUUUCAGCCAAUAUUCUCUUUGACUUCGUGGAAGGAAAUAUGCUGUGAAACAACCCUGCUUUUUAGCGUGUUGAUUCAGUGGCAGAAGAGAGCUUAGAAUGGAAGGUAUACAUUAAUUAUCGCCAGUCGCUUCGCCUGCGAAGGAUAAAAAUAAGUGAAGUUUGGAUCGAGUAAAGAGGAAUGUUGUUUUGAAAUUUAUUGGUACGCUUUCUGUGAUGAAAGGUUGUGA